AUGGCUCCAAAGACCAUGAAAGGCGUCGUUACCACUGGUGAUGGAAAAUUCGAACUGAGGCUAAUUCCGACUCCUUCCCCGGGACCUAACGAGAUUCUGGUCAAGGUUGAAGCCUGCGCGCAAAAUCACACCGAUUGGAAGUCCAUCAUCCUGCACAAGCAGCCCGGAAACAUCGUGGGUUCUGACUUCGCCGGUACCGUCGUCGCGCUAGGUUCUGCGGUUCCCCAUGGCCUGAGAAGGCUCGGGGAGCGCAUCGCAGGUGCCGUACGUGGAAACAUCAAUCCGAACGGCGCAUUCGCCGAGUACCUCGUCACUGACCCCUCUCUGAUUUUCACGCUCCCGGAGGACGUCCCGUUCGAGGUCGGCGCCCAGCUUGGAGUCGCAUGCUACGCAACAUGUCAAGCGCUCUACCAGACCCUCCAUUUCCCGACGCCCCUCGAACCUGCGUCGACGCCAACGGACAUCCUUAUUUGGUCUGGGACGUCCACGACGGGCCAGUACGCCGUCCAGUUCGCGAAGCUCUCGGGGCUGCGCGUCUUUUCCACCUGCUCCCCUGGCAACUUCGAUCUCGUGCGCGCCAUCGGUGCGACGCAAGUCUUCGACUACGCCGACUCUCGAUCGCCCAAGCGCAUCCUCGCCGCAACUUGCGCCGGGCUGCGUCACGCCGUCGACUGCGUCAGCGAUGGGAUGACUCCUGUGCAGGUCAGUAGCUGCCUCAGCAAGGAGGGCGGGACCAUUGUCACCCUCCUGCCGUACGAAAGCCGCAAGAAGGGCGUCAAGACCGAGCUUGUGCUCGUCUAUUCAAUGUGGGGCCAGGAUGUCGAGCUCCCGAUGAAGAUUAAGGGCAACCCCGAGCACUACGAGAACGCAGUCAAGUACAACGCCAUGAUCAGCGAGAUGCUUGCCAGGAAGUUGCUGAAGUUCGGUGCGGUCAAAGUCUUCCCGAAAGGUUUGGCAAGUGUCGAAGAGGGCUUUGCGUAUAUGAUGGCGGGAAAGAUUCACGCAGAGAAGGUCGUUUACAAGGUUUCUGAUACUCCUGAUAUCUCUUGA